AUGCGCUGGACAGCGCGGCUAUACACAUCUGCCACUGCUGCAACUCGUCGUCGUGCUACUGGGGCUGCAGGAGCGCGUGUCUGCAGUCGCUGCUGGGAGACAGGGAUGCUGCUGCUGCUGCUGCUGGACAGGUGCUGUAUGAUCUACAUUUGGAUCUGGCAUGCUUGCGUGCACAUCCUUCAGAUGGGACAAGUGUGGAGGUAUAUCCGCACAAUGUACCUGGGCAUCCAGAGUCGACGGCAGAAGGAACACAGUCGGCGCUUCUACUGGGCGAUGAUGUACGAGUAUGCUGACGUCAACAUGCUCCGGCUGCUGGAGACGUUUCUAGAGAGUGCCCCCCAACUGGUGCUACAACUCUGUAUAAUGAUCCAGAAGAACCGGGCCGAGACACUGCAGUGUGUCUCCUCUGUUGCCUCCCUACUCUCGCUGGCCUGGGUCCUGGCUUCAUACCACAAGCUCCUGCGCGACUCCAGAGACGACAAAAAGAGCAUGAGCUACAGAGGCGCGCUGAUCCACAUCUUCUGGAGGCUUUUCACCAUAUCCUCACGGGUGCUCUCCUUCGCCCUCUUCGCUUCCAUCUUCCACAUCUACUUCGGCAUCUUCGUGGUCGUGCACUGGUGUGCCAUGGCGUUUUGGAUCGUGCACGGCGGCACGGAUUAUUGCAUGUCCAAAUGGGAAGAGGUGCUCUUCAACAUGGUGGUGGGCAUCGUCUACAUCUUCUGCUGGUUCAACGUGAAGGAGGGCCGAACCCGGUUCCGCAUGGUGAUCUACUACUUCGUGGUGCUUGCCGAGAAUACGGUGCUUACUUGCCUGUGGUACGCCUACCGAGACCCGGUCACCACCGACUCCUAUGCAGUGCCGGUGCUCUGCGGGGUUUACCUGACCUUCGCCUCAGGGGUGGUUUUCAUGGGCAUCUACUAUGGGUUCCUUCAUCCGAUGGGACCUAAAAUAAGGGUGCUAGCUAGCUCCUGUUGUGCCGAGCUUCUUUGGGGACUUCCAUUCCCCCCGGAGGCCGAGCCCAUGGUGCCCACCCCUGGACCGCGAGCGUCCCAACCCACUCCCAGCCGGGCUUCCAUGGGGGCCUUUGGCCAGCAGGACGACGCCUCGGCGGACACCUGCCUGCCCGUGUUUCAGGUGCGCUCGCCCGAGCCCACCACUCCCUUGGGCCGCUACCGGCCAGAGGGACCUCUGAUAAAGAUCGACAUGCCCAGGAAACGCUACCCGGCCUGGGAUGCGCACUUCGUGGACAGGCGCUUGCGAAGGACGAUAAACAUCCUGCAGUUCAUCACGCCCGCCACCGUCGGGAUCAGGUACAGGGAUGGACCGCUGCUGUACGAGCUCCUGCAGUACGAGUCGUCCCUGUGACGUCUGCCAUGUUUCGCGAAAUGCAUGCCAUUUUGGUUUCCGUAUAAAUGCGUACUUGUGUGUAAAAGAGUGUAAGCAUCAAGCAUUGCACAUUUUUCUUUGACGUGAAAAGCCUCUAGAAGAUGUGUAUAUAUUUUGUAUGUAUAUACUGUCUCUUUUUUACAAUAUCCGUUUAGAAAUGUGUCCCCGUGAAGGGAUAUGUAUGCGCCAUGGUGUUUACGGCCAGCAGAAACCAUUACAUUGGAAAAAUGGAGAUUGGUUGACCACAUCAACACCGCCUUGUGU